GUCUAGUUUUUCACUGUUACAAACAUAAUAACGGGGGCAUUUUCAUGUUCUUAGCAGCUAUUGCAAGCAAUCCUGCCUCCUUGGCACUGAUAGUCUGGUAAACUGUGACUAAGGUUGAAGGCCAGCCCCUGUGCCUGGCUUUUUAAGAAGGGCCAACGGGAUUUCCUGAAUAAUAGUGACCUGGGAGGAGCCACAGGGUUGGCCAGAGGCCCAAGUGAAAAGGCAGUUCCUUGGAGGAUUUUUCAGUGAAAUGCCACUGAGAGGUGUCCCAUCCACCCUGCGUUCCUGCCCACCUCACAGCAGCUGCUGAAGUACCUGUGUUUUCUGUAUGCCUGGAUUCCUGGUGGAAGCCGCUGGAGGGCCAGGUGAGUACCGUAAAGCUGGCCUAUUUGCCAGUGGGAAGACCUGGACAUCUAAAAGUGCAUCUUCCGGAGGUACCGUCAGCCCACAGACAGAUCUUAAGCAGCCUGUUGGCUACAGAACCCACCAGAUCAGAGUCCUUUUCCUGGACUUGACCUGUAGGGUACCUCUAGGCACUCAAAGAGCUUUACCCGCUUUCGUGUGGUUAGUGCCCCCGCUGGACCGUAAACCGCUCGAGGUUAGGAACCUAAUGCGUUCGCCCCGUCCGCCCCGGCACUCCGCUCCCGGUAGGGUGCCAGAUUGGCACCAGGAGGCCCCGACCAGCGUUUCUGGCCCCGAUUGCAGGUACCGACCACCCCCGGGCGGACUAGCUCCCCGCCGGGCGAGGGCCGGGCCAGGCGGGCGGCGGGGGCGGGCGGGGCGCUCUCGCGCGGACAGGGCUGCGGCUCGCGUGGGCGCGGCCCGGGGCGGGGGCAAGCGGGCAGGGGCGGGCGCGACGCGUGGACGCGCCGGGCCGGAGCCGCCAAUAGGCGCGCGCGGGCGAGGGCGGGCCUCGCGGCCGGGGCUGGAGGACGCUCCCCGGAGGCCGGCCGGACAGACUGACGUUCCGCCUCAACGAGGGAAGCGCGUGGCGGGGAUGGCGCUGGCGCGGGCCUGGAAGCAAAUGUCCUGGUUCUACUACCAGUAUCUGCUGGUCACGGCGCUCUACAUGCUGGAGCCCUGGGAGCGGACUGUGUUCAAUUCCAUGCUGGUUUCCAUCGUGGGGAUGGCACUGUACACAGGAUAUGUCUUCAUGCCUCAGCACAUCAUGGCAAUACUGCACUACUUUGAAAUAGUACAAUGACCAAGAUGUGACCAGAAUUGAGCGGCUCCUUAGGGAAGAACCACCCUUUGAUGUUGGAAUGAAACCUCAUCAGAUGUCAUAAGAAACUCUACUAGAUGUCAACAUAACCAACCCUAUGAAUAUACAGACUAAAAUUCAUGAGUAGAACAGGAAAAUAAUCCUGACUCAUGUGUUGUGUUCUUUAUUUUUAAUUUUAAAAGAGGCUCUUGUAUAGUAGUUUUUGUCUAUUUUAACAUUGUAGUCAUUUGUACUUUGAUAUCAGUAUUUUCUUAACCUUUGUGACUGUUUCAAUAUUACCCUGUGAAAGCUUUUCUUAAUGUAACUUUGAGUACAUUUUAAUUGCCUUCUAUUUCUAAAACCCAAAGUCAUUAGUUGGGCUUUACUGUUCUUGCUAUUGUAUGGCACAUACAUCUGCCUGGAUAUAUUUCUACUCUUGACCAAAGUUUUGUAAGAAACAAUACAAGAUUUGGGGCAGGGGGAUGGGGAGGGAGGAUAUUUUAUUGAGAACUAUUUACUAAAGACUUAUCUGUAAGUUUGAACUCAGGAGUACAGUUUUAGCUAUCUAGACUCUACUCUUAACAGCUUUUGCUUAUCACUAUUAAAGUAUUUCUUAACAAUGAAAAAGGAAGAUCUUGCUAAAGUUAAAAUAAGGAACAUUUCACCUUUUAAAUAUUUAAUUCUUAUGUGGACUCAUUUCCAGAAAAAUUUGGUGAUGAUUCUUAUGACAAGAGGUGGUUAAAUAGCAUUAUUAUGUAAUGCUUAUAUGCCACAGAGUUUUUAGUAGAAAGUAAAUCAGUUUCCUUUGAGUUAUUAUUAACAAUGUACUUCCUUAAAUUUAGUUUCAUGAUUGUAAUGGGUGCUGCAAAUGCAUUUGCACAUUGCAAUAAGAUGAGAUGAAUUGUUAAAAACUAUAGCAAAAAGAAAUGUAAACUUGGUUAAAAUCCUUUCACUCUUUGUAUUUUUUUUUAAAGAUUUUUAUUCCUUAAAUGUAAAAUGACUACCUGAUUUUUUGACGUAAACUCAUUAAAUUCAAAGAAAAAUCA